UCUCUUGCUUUUCUUUAAAUUUUAUCCAAUCAUUCAUAUAGAAUUCUAUCCUAGCUCCUACCACAACAUGGAUUUUAAUAUCAACUUUCAAGAGGAAUAUAUAUCAAGCAAUGGUGGUUCAAUGCUUUUUACAUGUAGAUGGUUGCCUGAAAAAAAGGAUCCAAAAGCUUUGAUUUUCUUAUGUCAUGGCUAUGCUAUGGAAUCUAGUAUUUCAAUGCAAGGAACUGCAAGUCAAUUAGUAAAUGCAGGAUUUGGUGUAUAUGGGAUUGAUUAUGUUGGACAUGGAAAAUCAGAUGGACUUCAUGGUUAUGUUCCAAGCUUCGAUGAACUUAUUCAAGAUUGUUGCGAUCAUUUCACCAACGUUUGUGAAAGGAAAGAGAACAAAGGAAAACAUAGAUUUUUGUUAGGUGAAUCGAUGGGAGGAGCAGUUGUUCUACGUUUACACAGGAAAAUGCCUGAAUUUUGGGAUGGUGCCGUAUUAGUUGCACCCAUGUGUAAGAUUGCAGAUGAUAUGAAACCAAGUCCAUUUGUGACCAGCUGCUUAACCAAGCUCACAUACAUUGUUCCCACUUGGAGUAUUGUUCCUGGUCAAGAUAUCAUUGAUGCUGCUGUUAGAGAUCCUCACAAGAAACUAGAGGUGAGAGCGAAUCCAUACUGGUAUACUGGAAGGCCGCGGCUAAAGACUGCAUACGAGCUCAUGAAUGCUUCCAUUGAUCUGGAGAAAAGAUUAAACGAGGUGACAUUGCCAUUUCUAGUGAUCCAUGGAGGAGACGAUAAAGUGACAGACCCGAAAGUUAGCAAGUUGCUAUACGAAUCAGCAGCGAGCAACGACAAAACCUUCAAAUUGUAUCCUGGAAUGUGGCAUGCUUUAACGUAUGGUGAACUCCCAGAAAAUACAGAUAUUUUGUUUACAGACAUUAUAGAAUGGUUGCGUCACAGAUCUGAGGGAAGUAACGCCAGGUUAGAGAGGGCUGGCAAGUCUUUGAACGACCCAAUCAAGUGA